AUGGAUUCAGAAACAUUUCCCAAGUGUGUGGUGUGCAGCACCUCCUUCAGGUACAGAGGACCACAGCCACACCUGCUUCCCUGUCUACAUCCUGUAUGUGAGGACUGUCUAAGGUCACCGGAAGUCACAACUCUGGACUGCUCUGUCUGCUUGAAGAGUCAUGAUAAAUAUGUCGGGAGUUUCCCAGUAGACGAUGUCGUUCUUGCUGACGUUCUCAACCAGACAAUGAAGCACCGACCGUCAGACUUCCAAUGUACCAACAAGGAGGAUGGGAACCAAGCAAUGUCUUGGUGUCAUGAAUGUGAGGACUAUUUCUGCGAGCACUGUCAUUUAUCUCACUCAGAGUUGAAGGCAAAUAGGAAUCACACAAUGAAGUGGAUUUCUGAUCUUCCAUGUACAUCGAAACGGUCGCAUUCCGUCUGUGAGAAACACGGACAACGUUUGGACGUCUACGAUAAAGACUGUGACUGUUUAAUAUGUUUUGAAUGCUUCUACGAAGAUCACACCAGUCACAGAACUGACAGAGCUGAUAUGUUCUUGAGUCGGGAACAAGACGUCUUGAAGGCAUACAUAAAAUCUGCUUCAGAGAAGAAGGAAAAGAUCAUUUCAGCAAAAGAAACGGUUCUUGUACAAGCAAGGCGUAUUGACGAGAAGGUCGUUUCUCUCCGAGACACCGUUCAACACACUUUUUCUGAGCUGAGAGAUGUGAUAGAUCAGCGAGAGAAGGAGGUGCUUGUGGAGCUAGAUCAGAUUUUAGACUCCAUGAGGAACAUCAACGAUAGUCGACUUCCUGUCCUGAAGUCAUCAGAUACAAGCUGCCAGACAGUCCUUGACUACGUCAACGAGACUCUCCUCUAUGCCUCACCUUCCCACCUCCACAAAGUGAAGAGUUCCAUCACACAGGCCUUUGAGUCUUGUAUGAAGGCUGACGUUCCUGCUGUUCACAAAUACGAACCAUGUAUCGUCUUCUCAAAGCAAGGUUUUCCGGAUUUGAAAUCCUUAGUAUCAUUCUUUGGUGGUUUCAUGACUUCAGUUACCCAGACGGAAUCACCUAUGGAAGUAUCACUUAAAACAGGCCUUCAGAUGAAACUGGAAGCAGAUAUUGAUGAUCUUCUGACACAGAACAGAGAGGCUCAGAUGCUAAUCAGUGCACUGGAAAAGGAGGCCUCUCAGAAUGAACAGAAGGUGAAGACUUUGCAGGAGGAUGUAUCCAGACUUCAGGGGAUCGUAAUUCAGUUGGAUCCCAUGGGUCCAAAGAUGAUGUUUGAUUCCGACAGAGUAAACCUGUACAGAACACACAUUAAUGACAAAGGCCUUCUCGUCAACACCAAACAUCCUCAAUGUAGAAGAGUGGGCAUUAGUGGGAAGAUGUUGAAGAACUACUACGGCACCAGCAGCACCUCCCCACUGCCCUCCAGCGGCCUGGUGUACUGGGAGGUGGAGGCGGAUGUGGGACUGGACAAGUCUCUUGGUGAUCGACAUCUUGUGUUGGAGGUCGGGGUGUGUGGAGAGGAUGUCAUGGACAAUAAUCAUUAUAUCGGCGGUCAGCCUAAUUCAUGCAGUCUGUUCAUAUCAAAUGGCGAGAAGGAUAAUGUGUGGAGUCAUAUAGCUGUUAAUGGAGAGGAUGUAGCAACAGCUAAAGUGUUUGAGAAUAAGGCAGGAACAUCAGUGACAGUAAAGUACGGAGUUCUUGUUGAUACUGACACGAUGGCGGUAUCCUUCCUGGACACCAACAACAGAAAAGUGUUGGGAUCUGGAUGUAUUGUUGACAACAAGCCAGGACAGGGUGCCGGAUACAACAAGAAGAUGUGGCCUGUAUUUGCAGUUUAUAAUAACCCAAAGAGAGUUGAAAUGAAACUCGUGAGUGGACCGGAUCUACAGAUGGAAGACUGGAAGAAGAAGCUUCUCGAAGACGCCAGCCAUAUGUGUGCUGAAGGGUAG